UACAUCCCGGUUGGAGUUCCGAUUGGUUGGUAGGCGCUGGUUCGUAGGUCUCGGAUCCAGCGUGGUCUCCCUCCGGAGUUGCUCGUUCCGAUUGUGGUUGGUAGGCGCGGCGCGGCGCGGGUUCAUAGGUCUCGGAUCCAGCGCCGUCUUGUAUCCUAUUCUAUUCGUAUGAGGAACCUCGACUAGGAUAGGAUUUAAUUAGGGUAUGUUUGUUUGGUAACACCACCUAGGCAGGGUUUGAUUAUCCGUAAUAAGGAAUCAAUCUGACGUUUUAGUUAGGGUUUGCUUGGUUUCUCAAAUGGUGUAUGAAUGAAUUCUUCAACUGUGCCUGUCGCGAUUUUGGGCGGGGCAAAAUUGGAGGCAUUUUGUGGAUGAAAGAUUGGGGGAAAUGCUAGAUCCACUCGAAACCGAGCAAAUCCAUGGAUCAAAAUCAACAAAACUUCAUCAUACCAACAAAUCACAAAAAAAAUUGGUUGGUGGGGAAAUUUCGAAUUAGGACGAAAAACAACAAAAUCAAGCUAGAAAACAAAUAUUAAUUUGGAUGGAAUUCAUGCUAUGUUGUUCGAUUUCAGUGUAUUAAUUUUUUUAUCAACUAUUUGGAAUUCAUGUUCUAGCUCUGUUUGGAUAAGUAACAAUAUUUUUUGGGAUCCUAAAAUAUUUAUGCACAGCACUUAACCUGCAGCUGCUGAUUAAUGUUGUAGUCAUAUGUGCUGCUUUCCAGCUGGUAGCAGCAACUGUUCUGCUGCAGUCCGCCAAAAGGAAAAGAUGGUCUACAAAAUCCACUCCCAUGCCCAAAUCCAAGCCCUGCAGGCCCGCUCCGAUGAGCUGGGCCACUCCAAUGAGCACAUGCUUGUGAAGCUUGUCUCUCUGGAGUCGGUGCGCAUAGCGUGCGAGUCGUAUGAACUCCUCUGCCCGCUGAUGAUGGAGUCGUCCUGGAAAUGCCCGGAGCUGGAAAUCCUCUCGGUCGUGGCAGGCUUGUCGCUGGAAAUCCAAAAGCUCGAGCAUCAUCUGUUACCCCAGCUCAUGGUUCAGGAGGCCAAGCUGGAACGGGGCGCCCUGGAAGCCAUCCUACUCGUGAAGAACUCAGCAAUUAAGCUCUUACAUCUGAAUAAGUGCUUUAAGGAAGCCUUGGGCAUAUCUCGUUUCGAGGAGGAUCCGGUCACAAAUCAUGUCGAUCUGCUGAGCAUAUUGCUAAAGGAUAUGGCUGUUCCUGUACUUGAAAAUAAUUGCGGCGGUGACUGGCUAAAGCCGCGUGUCCCGAUGCUGGUCCAGCAGGUCACCCAUGUGUUGGAGAUCCCAGAUCGUUUCUGUUAUUCUGAUGAGUAGACUUAUCAGCCAGCUCGAGGCUGUUGUGAUGAGUAUUUCUUAGGGGCGUGGCAAACAGUUUAGAACCAACCCUUUAUGUUUGUAUGUAAAGGAUUUUAAAUGAUAUGUAUCUUGGGUAGUGUUUUCUCAUUC